AUGGAGGUCGAGGUCAAGCUCCGCCUCCCCGACGCGGCCGCGCACCGCCGCCUCUCCGCCUACCUCGCGCCUCGCCUCCUGCGCACCGACGCCCAGCGCAACGCCUUCUUCGACGCCCCGGCCCGGCCCCUCGCCGCCGCCACCGCCGCGCUCCGCGUCCGCCUCUACGGCCCCGACGACCGCGCUCCCUCCCGCGCCGUCCUCGCGCUCAAGCGCCGCCCGCGCAUGCACGCCGGCGUCAGCCGCGUCGAGGAGGUCGAGGAGCCGCUCGACCCCGCCCUCGCCCUCGCCUGCGUCGACGACCCCGCCCGCCUCGGCGCGCUCGACUCCCCCAUCGUCCGCCUCGUCGCAGACGAGUACGGCGUCGGCGGGGACGCCGCGCCCUUCGUCUGCCUCGGCGGGUUCCGGAACACCCGCGGCGUCUACGAGCUCGGGGAGGGCGAGGGGCUCGGGCUCGUGCUCGAGCUCGACGAGACGCACUUCGAUUUCGGGACCAACUACGAGCUGGAGUGCGAGACCGCCGAGCCCGACCAGGCCAAGGAGGUCCUCGAGAGGCUGCUCACCGUGGCUGGGGUGCCGUACGAGUACUCCCGGAGCAAUAAGUUCGCCUGCUUCAUGGCGGGGAAGCUGCUUCCAUGACUAGGUUUGUUGUUGUUGGUCUUUACCAUGUCUCGUGUGAUGAUUAAACAGUGACUGCAAUAAAACUUGUGUGUCAUUAGCGCUUCCGUUGAAUAUAAAAAACAAGUUAUAUUUCUUGCAA